CUUCCAUGUUAACCUAUAUCAUAACAACAACAAGAAAAAAGAAAUAACUACAAAAGCAGCUAUGAGUAAGAUGGGAUCCUCAAGAACGAUGGGAUUAAGCCAUUGCAUGGUUUACGUUGUGGUUUUUAGUGCCAUUGCUGCUGCAGCAUAUCCUUACUCAUCACCUCCAACACCACAGUAUAAUUCCCCGGUUCAUCAACACAAAUCACCACAUCUACCCAAAAAGUAUUCUCCAUACUAUUCGACAUCAUCACCUCCUCCACCACAAUAUAGAAGACAAGGCCCUAAAUACACGCCACAUCCAAAACCGUAUGUGCAUAACUCUCCACCUCCUCCACCAUAUUACUCUCCUUCUCCAAAGGUUCACUACAAGUCUCCACCACCACCAUAUGUCUACAGCUCUCCACCACCUCCACCAUACUAUUCUCCUUCUCCAAAGGUUCACUACAAGUCUCCACCACCACCAUAUGUCUACAGCUCUCCACCACCUCCACCAUACUACUCUCCUUCUCCAAAGGUUCACUACAAGUCUCUACCACCACCAUACGUCUACAGCUCUCCACCACCUCCACCAUACGUCUACAGUCUCCACCACCACCAUACGUCUACAACUCUCCACCCACCUCCACCAUACUAUUCUCCUUCUCCAAAGGUUCACUAUAAGUCUCCACCACCACCAUACGUCUACAACUCUCCACCACCUCCACCAUACUAUUCUCCUUCUCCAAAAGUUCAUUACAAGUCUCCACCACCACCAUACGUCUACAACUCUCCACCUCCACCAUAUUAUUCUCCUUCUCCAAAGGUUCAAUAUAAGUCUCCACCACCACCAUAUGUUUACAGCUCCCCACCACCUCCACCAUACUACUCUCCUUCUCCAAAAGUAAAUUACAAAUCUUCUCCACCACCAUAUGUUUACAACUCUCCACCACCUCCAACAUAUUACUCGCCUUCUCCUAAGGUCACUUACAAGUCUCCACCACCACCAUAUGUCUACAAAACCCCCUACUAU